UUCAACAUUCCUGAAGGCGAGGACUAUGAGAAGUACCUCAGACAGCCAAAGUACAUCAAGACCUUCAAAAGAAGCGGAAGAACGUUACCCAUCUGUAAGCAGCUGUUUUUGGCACAAGAGCUGUUACAGAGUGCUGAACCCAGCACUGACACUCGCGAUGAGACCUUGACGAAUAAGCAUGCGAUUUGGGCAAUGAAGUUUAGCAGUGACGGGAAAUACCUUGCCAGUGCCGGAAGGGAUAGCACCAUCAAGAUUUGGAAAGUUAUAUCUUCACCUUUAGAUAGACUAGACUCUCCUCAGUAUGGAGACAAGACCGAGUACGCCUCAGUAUUCCAAGAUUCGCCUUAUCGAAGUUAUAUUGGACAUUCGGAUGAUAUUCUAUCCUUGGAUUGGAGCAAGAAUAACUUUUUGCUUACGAGCUCCAUGGACAAGACCGUUAAACUAUGGAACGUCAACGAGGACUAUGCGCUGCGAACCUUUGUUCACAACGAUUUCGUCCCAUCGAUCAAGUUCCACCCAACAGAUGAUAGAUUCUUUAUUAGUGGAUGCCUAGACCAUAAGGUGCGUCUCUGGUCCAUUCUGGAGAAUGAAGUGAGUUAUGAAUUUGAUGCUAAGAACCUUGUUACAGCUGUUGCGUUCAUCCCAAAUGGAUCAAUGACCAUUGUUGGUACUUUUAACGGCACUGUUUACUUUCUGGACACCCAAAACCUGGAGUUGAAACACUCUCUUGAUCUGAACAAGAAGAAGGGCAGCGAGAGCUCAAAGAUCACCGGAAUCGAGAGCUUUGUCGAUGGUGACGAUGUGAAGGUUCUCAUAUCCUCAAACGAUUCAAGAAUCAGAUUGAUAUCCUUGAGACACAAGCAGCUUGAGUUCUACUUCAAGGGUCUCAGUAACAACUCAUCUCAGAUCAUUGCUACAGUCUCAGAUAGUCACAAGUAUCUGAUAUCUGGAUCUGAAAACCACUGGGUUUAUCUGUGGGAGAUU